GAUAGAGCUAAAGCUAUUGCUUCUCAUAUAUACCCUAAUUAUCAUGUGGUAGAUGCAGAUGGCUUUGCUGGUGGUCUUUGGCUGCUUUAGGAUGCUUCUCGAAUCUCAAUUGAUAUCAUGGCAGACGGUGAUCAAGUAAUCCAUGCCAUUGUUAAGGUAUGUAGUCAAUCUUCUUUUGCUUCCAUUAAUUGGAUUUUCUCUGGUGUUUAUGGUAGGCCACAAUUUGAACUUCGGUCUAAGCUCUGGCAAGAGCUUAGGACUUUGUCUCCCUACUUUAAAGGUCCUUGGGUUAUUGCGGGGGAUUUUAAUGAUGUGGUGGAUCAAUCAGAGAAGUUUGGAGGGGCUCCCAUUAACCAACAUCGAGUUCAAGCCUUUACCUCCUGCAUGAAUGAUUGUCAAAUGCUGGAUUUAGGGUUCACUGGAGGGAGGUUUACUUGGGUUAACAUGCAAUCGGAUGGCCAUAUUAUACGUGAACGCCUUGAUAGGGAUUGUUGGGGAAUUGAGGAUAAUAAUACUAGUCAAUGCCUUGAGACUAUGAUGAAGAAAGCCAAAUUAUGGAGUCGUACCACAUUUGGCAAACUUUUUAAGAGGAAGAAGCAGAUUCUUGCUUGUUUGGAAGGCAUUCAUAGGUUUUUAUCUACGAAGCAUAGUUCUUUCCUUACUUCCUUGGAGAAGGAUCUUGCAAAUGAAUACUCUGAAAUUCUUAAAUUGGAAGAAGAUCUUUGGUUUAUGAAGUCUAGAACUAAUGGAUCCUUGAUGGCCCCUGGGCCUGAUGGGGUUCAUCCCUUUUUCUAUCAAAGGUUCUGGCAAGAUAUUAGAUCUAAGUUAUGUUCAGAUAUCAUUGGCACCUUCUCCUCUGGUGCUAUCCCGAUGGGAUGGAAUAAUUGUCUUAUCUCUCUUAUCCCUAAAGGAAAGGCCCCUAGUUCUAUUACUCAAUUCCGACCUAUUGGGUUGUGUAAUACCUCCUCUAAAGUUAUCUCAAAGAUCCUGGUGAAUAGGCUUAGACCUAUUCUUGAUUCCUUGAUAUCUCCUUGCCAGGCUAGCUUCAUUCUUGGAUGUCGUGGCUCUGAUAAUGUCAUUAUUCUUCAGGAGCUUGUUUACUCUUUCUCUAAGAAAACCGGCAAAGUGGGUGAUCUCAUCUUUAAAAUUGACUUAGAGAAAGCCUAUGAUUGCCUUGAGUGGAGCUUUAUCUGGGAAACUCUACUAUUUUUUCAAUUUCCUCCCAAAAUUAUUGAUUUAAUCAUGUCUGCCAUUUGUACAUCUUCUGUUUCUGUGCUUCUUAAUGGUGACAGAACUGAACCCUUUUCUCCUUCUAGAGGCAUUCGUCAAGGGGAUCCACUCUCGCCAUAUAUUUUUAUUCUGUGUAUGGAAUUCCUUGCGCUAACCAUUACUAAGGCUUCCUCCCUUGGCUACUGGAAAGGGUGUAAAGCUGGAAGGGGAGGCCCCUUGCUUUCCCACCUCUUCUUUGCUGAUGACCUCUUGUUUAUUGGGAAAGCUACCAAGAAUAACUGUCUCUUCCUUAAAUCUAUUCUGGAGUUUUUUUCAAAUAGAUCUGGACUUAAGAUCAACCCUCUUAAGUCUUAUUAUCUAGGCAUCCCGAUAUCAUCCAAAAGGCCUUGCAAGCAAGAUUAUGUUUUUAUUUUGGAUAAAGUUCGUGCUAAGCUUGAAGGAUGGAAGUCUACCAUGCUUUCUUCUUCUAUUCUUUCGGAGUUGGAUAAGAUAUCGAGGGACUUUCUUUGGGGGUCCAAUCCGGAUCAUCGCAAACUGCAUUUGAUUAGUUGGGAUAAGGGUAUCAAAUGGAUUAUGAUGGAUGGUAAUAGUGUAUCCCUUUGGAAAGACUGUUGGCUCUUUGAUGCUCCUCUCAACUCUAUUCUGGUUGGACCUUUAUCGAGGAGUGAUGAGGACCUACGGGUGGCAGAUGUAUUCUCCUGUGUUGACUUUAACUCUUCCCUUAUAUCCUACCCUCUACCUGACACUAUUCUAGAAACUAUUAAAGCCAAUCCCAUUUCAAAAAUAGGGCUUGGCAAUGAUUUGUACUCAUGGAAAGGGUCUCGCGAUGGGUCUUUUUCCAUGAAAGUUGCUUAUCUUAUGGCGAAAGGCGUGAAUCCUAACCCUAUUAUGGAUUGGAAAUGGACUUGGAAGAUUCAUACUCUACCUAAAAUUCAAUGUUUCAUUUGGCUGUUAUGUUAUGAACGCCUAAAAACUCUUGAUCUUCUCUCUAGAUUGGGCAUUGUGGAUUCUAAUGUGUGUCCCAUGUGUCUUGAGGCAAAGGAAACUUGUGAUCAUCUCUGUAGAGAAUGUCCUUCCUCUUCUUUUAUCUGGCAUACUUUUUUUCCUCAAGGAACGGUUGGCUCUAGCAAUUCCUUAUUCCAGUGGAUCAAAGAUAACUAUUUGAGCAAGAAUAUGUGUCGUACUAUCCCAAUCCCCUGGGGAACGGUCUUUAGCUUUAUUCUUUGGACUUCACCCUUGCCUUCUCCUAAGAAUACUCAAAAGGAAUCUAGACUAGUUUGUUGGGAGAAGCCUCCAGAGGGAUACUGUAAACUAAACACCGACGGGUCAGCUCAUGGAAACCCAGGUCCUACCUCUGCUGGUGGAGUCAUUAGAGAUCAUUUGGGUAGAUGGAUUGUUGGAUUCGCCUGCAAGAUUGGUUAUGCCUCUUGCUUGCGUGCUGAACUCUGGGGGAUUAGAGAGGGACUUCUUUUGGCUUAUCAGAGAAAUAUCCAGAACUUAAUUGUUGAAGUUGACUCUCUUGUUGCAACUUAGUUAUUAUCCUGUUGCUUUUCAUCUCAUCAUCCUUUUUACUCCCUUAUUUUGGAUUGCAGGGAGAUCUUGUCUAGAAUCCCCCAGACUCGAUAUCAUGAAUACUAGUGGUUCUGGCAAUGGCACAGGAGACUCUAUUGGAUCCACUCCUUCUAAAACAGAUGAUCCUGCUUGGGCUCAUUGUUUGAUUGUCCCAGGCAGGAGGAAUCAGACUAAAUGCUUAUAUUGUGUUGUUUUGAAAUUAAUUGUGUUGUUUAUUUUUAAUUUUCCUUGGAUAGAAACAAGUGAAGAACCCUUGUGAUGAACCUUUGUGAUGAAUGCUUUUAGCUUUUUUAAAUUGAAUAUGAUUCUCUAUUGUCUGUUUAAUCAUUAUUAUCAUCUUAAUGUUUUUAAGUUAAGGUAUCUAAAGGAUUUUUGCUUGAGUUAUAAUGGAGUUUAAGUUAAUGGUUGAAAAAAGAAAGGAUUAUACCAACU